CUCAUCUCACUUGUUGUGCUUCUUGUACUGGGAGCACUCUUUGUUAUCCCAAGAUCCAAAAACAAAGGUGAAGGAAAGGAUGCACGUUCAGCCGGAAAUGGAACGACAUCUACGAGCUAUUCAAAGAAAGAGGUGUCAACACACAACACAAGGAAGGAUUGUUGGAUCAUAAUCAAGGACAAGGUUUACGAUGUAACUCCAUACGUGGAGGAACAUCCAGGUGGUGAUGCCAUUCUAAACAAUGCUGGUGGCGAUUCGACAGAGGGAUUUUUCGGCCCGCAGCAUGGCACACGAGUCUUCGACAUCAUCGAGGAUUUCUGCAUCGGCAAAUUGGAAGACUGAUGAUGGGGAGGAGAGGCCGUAAAAGCUCCCAAGUGUGAACCCAUGCGCUCGUCUGCAAUUUUCUGAAGAUGACGACGACGAACGGAACCGUUUCCUAAUCGUGAUCAUGACAGCUCCAGGGCCCCCAGCUGUGUGGUUCUGGUUUCAUGUUUGACCUCCUGCUUAUUCAUACUAGUAGCAGUGUGUGACCCGACCAUGGACUAUUUCUGUGUCCUGAAUGUUUUCCGAGAUUUAUCUCUUCAUUUGAGAAGAUACGAUUUCUUAUACUUAUUUAUGGAACUUUCUCAGGGCAGACAAGGAACCGGGCCAACUUUUCAUAUUGAUUCCUUGCAUGACAGUGAGAGGCUUUACUCCAUUCAAAGAAAGCUUUUGCUCAGUCAA